UUCCUGACACUCCAGUGGAAGUCAUAGUGGAUCUGUUAACGAAAGCCAAGGACAUAGCUGCAGGAUGCGGGACUGUUCCAGAGGAGCUGAACAAUCACCUACAGAAGGCUCUGGAGAUUGCCAGUGGACUGGAUGACUACUUGGAGAAAAUGACCAUGCAAGAAAGUGAACCUCUGGCAGAACUUUAUAAAAAGACAAUUUCUCAUGACUGGGAUAAAGUGUUCAAGGAGGGCAAGACUAUGCUACGUCUCCCCAAAGAGUGCAUCACUGGCCAUGUUGAGGGUCAGACUCUUAAGAUGCUGGUCCAAAUGAGUCAAGCCAAAAAAGUCCUAGAGAUAGGAAUGUUCACUGGCUACGGUGCUCUGUCCAUGGCUGAGGGUCUCCCUGAGGAUGGAUGCUUAGUGGCCUGUGAGUUAGAGCCAUAUCUUAAAGAUUUUGCUCAGCCUAUCUUUGAUAAGUCUCCACAUGGUAGGAAGAUCACUGUAAAGACUGGGUCUGCCAUGGACACUUUAAAGGAACUAGCAGCUGCAGGUGAGCAGUUUGACAUGAUCUUCAUUGAUGCGGACAAAAGCAAUUACAUCAACUACUACAACUUUAUCAUGGACAACACUUUGUUGAGAUUGCGAGGGGUUAUAUGUGUGGAUAACUCCCUGUUCAAAGGAAAAGUUUAUCUUAAAGACACCACAGACAGCAACGGACUGGCGCUUCGAGAGUUCAAUCAGUUUAUCUCUAAGGAUCCACGAGUGGAGCAGGUCAUUGUCCCUCUAAGAGAUGGCAUCAGUCUAAUCCGGCGCCUUCCGUUGGGCUCCCUGUGCUCGCUCGCUCAGGGUAAGAUAACAGACGAUGAAGUUUUCCAAGGAGUUAAGGGUCACUCCAUUUUAGAUCGGAUGCGUCUUGAUGGAAAGGUGGCAUAUGUGACGGGUGGGGGGCAGGGAAUCGGCAGAGCGUUUGCUCACGCAUUGGGUGAGGCUGGAGCCAAGGUGGCUGUGGUAGACAUGGAUCAGGGGAAAGCUGAGACUGUUACUCGGGAGCUGCUCCUUAAAGGUAUCCCUUCCAUUUCCAUCACCGCUGACAUCAGCAAGUCCGACGACGUCCAGAGGAUGGUCGACACCGUCGCCUCUAAAUGGGGAGCCAUCCACAUUGCUUGUAACAACGCUGGGAUCAACAUGAACUCAGCCAGUGAAGAUACCAGUUUGGAGGAAUGGGAUCGAACAUUUAACGUCAACCUGAGGGGGACUUUUAUCUGCUGUCAGGCAGCAGGUCGAGUGAUGUUAAAGCAAGGAUACGGAAAGAUUAUCAACACGGCCUCCAUGGCCAGUCUGAUAGUCCCUCAUCCUCAGAAGCAGCUGUCUUACAACACGUCCAAAGCUGGAGUGGUCAAACUGACCCAGACUCUGGGCACUGAAUGGGUCGACCGAGGAGUGCGCGUCAACUGCAUCUCACCAGGGAUUGUUGACACCCCUCUCAUCCACUCAGAGGACCUGAGGCCUCUGGUGCAGCGGUGGCUGUCAGAUAUCCCUGCUGGUAGACUGGCUCAAGUGACAGACCUGCAAGCUGCAGUGGUCUACUUGGCAUCUGAAGCCUCUGACUACAUGACAGGGCAUAACUUAGUCAUAGAGGGUGGGCAAAGUCUGUGGUAGAAGCAGCACAUAAAGAGAUGAAAACUUUUUUUUUGCUUCUUCUUCUUCUUUUCUUCAGUUUCUUAGAAUUAGCCUCAGAGAAAGGUGGGUGUCAGUGUUGAAGUCUAGCUCAUCACUACAGUGCUACAGCUUCACUUAUUAAAUAAAAGAGUAAGCAUAAAAUUAAAUACUAAUGGAAUAAAUUUGCUGCCAUCAUCGAAAAGUGAUUUGUUAAGGAAUUAUAAAAACACAAAUUUACGUUGAUUUUACUCUUUUUUUGGUAAAAUAAAUUGAUUGUACUUUG